CUUGUGUUUCUGUGCUUCACAAUGUGGUGAACCCAUCAAAACGCCCACCCAGACAAGACCCUUCAUCUCCCUGCGCCGGGUCAGAACUCCUUCCAUAACGUCAACCUUCAUCCACAGCUUUGAGACGCUAUCGCCCGCCCGGGAGACCACAUCUGUUGACCUUCACCGCCGCAGCCCGUCAACACCUGCUGCCCCAGCCUCCCACUCUAUCCGCAACGCCCAAUCUUCCGUCCAAAACGGCAAACGACACCUUCCAUGGUAAUAAUGAAGAGGAGGCGACCAUCGUUAUGACUGAUGCGGUCGGCUCCAAGGAGUCUCAAGAUGCCACAGCCCGAAAGGCCACCGACCAGGCGACCACUGGCGGACCGACCAGUGCACCUGCCACAGUUUCAAAGCCCAAAGAAAUGACCUCAAAUCCCACGCCUGCUAGACGCAGCAUUGACCAAGUCAUGGCUGAUGCAGUUGCUGAAGCGGAUGCGGAUGCCGAUUCAGAGGCAGAGACACUGAUUCAGUCACCAGAGAAGCAGAGGACCACCACCGAUAACACAUCUGUAAAAGAACCGGCAAGUGUUACCAAGGCCAAAGACGGAGGAUCGGCUGCUGGAGCCACUGCGACCGAAAAUGACAACAAUUCCAGAAAGCGCAAGCGUAGCAUCGAUGAUGCGCAGGACGAUCCCGCCUUUUCCACCUCCAGCCGUCGUAGCUCACCUUUAUCAUCACCUCGAAUACUGCCGCAAUCCCCAGAUAGCGAUUCAGACAUAUCAGUCGAUAUUGCAUCCCAAAUGCCAAAGCCGGUGCGGCGGAAACGAGAAGACGAUGUCACCGGAUUGCGUGCUGCCGAAGAGAAGCAAGUCAAGAAUCCAAGUCGCAAGCGUCGUCCAAGCGAUAUCCUGCCUCCGAUAAGCAAACAUCGCACAAAGAACAGUAGUGGCGGAGUGGAUCCGACCUCGUCAGAGCGCCGCGAAACCAGAUCAGCUACUUACCCUCGCCAUUCCUCGCAAGACCGCUCUCCCUCGCCAAGGCCACAAAGACGGGAGCACAGGCGUGGAAUCUCGACCCAAUUCACGCUUGGCGAUGUUGAGAGGAAAAAGCGCGGUCGACCUCCAUCAAUUCACACUAGACGAAGUGGUUCGGCAGACAACACUCGUGACCGAUCGGUCUCGUCGGAUGUGUCAGACUCCCCCAGACAGCCACGGCCUGCCCUGCUACACAAAUUCUCGUCUGCAGAGCAUGAUACCAUGUCACCGAUCAAACCUCCUGGCCCUCGCAAGUGGCGCGACAAGAAUGGUAGAACCUUCCUGUCUCGGGCCUGUAGCAACAAUGACCUGGCGGCGGCGAAAGUCAAAUUCUCCGAAAGACCUGAAGACCUGAACCUCCCAGACAACGCAGGAAACACUCCCCUUCAAAUCGCUGCGCUCCAGGGCUACGUCGAUAUCGUGAAAUUCUUGUUGGAGAACGGAUGUGAAGUGGAUACUCGGAAUAUCGAUAAAGAUACGGCUCUUAUUGAUGCGGUUGAGAAUGGUCAUGUUGAAGUCGUCAGACUCCUCCUCGAGUACGGAGCAAAUCCACGAGUGGGCAACGCUAAGGGCGAUGAGCCAUACGAACUUGUUCCUCAAGAUGACGAAAACUAUGAACAGAUCCGACGACUACUGGCUGACGCGAAAGACAAACCCAGCAAUAGGCGAGUGUCUUCUGAACACAACGAAAUGGCUCGAGACGGAAAUUCAUCCCGAGCGGCUUCUGCUGCUAGUCCCCGCGAUUCACCACCCUUGACGGGUCCCAGGAGUCCGCCACCUGCUUACGGGAGGCGAAGAACCGGUCGUAGUGAAUCAACUCGAAACGAUCUUCUCUGGCAAGCUAACACUCAGGACAAUCUGAAAAAGUUGGCCGGAAAAGGUGAUGUCCAAGGUGUGGCAAAUAUCCUCAACGUUUUGCAAAAGGCGGAAACGGAGUCCUUGAUUGCAGCCGCCAAAGCAGGUCAUGAGGAGGUGUUGCAGCUGAUUCUGGCGAUGGGCGACCCCGAACCUGACCCUGACCCGAUCCGCACUAUCAGACCUGGCUACAAUACUCCCAUGCUUGCAGCUAUUGGAAGGGGGCAUCCGGAAGUUGUCGAACUUCUCGUCGAGCAGCUCGGUUUCAAUCCUACGAGGAGGAUUCUUAAGGGGAAGACUUACUUUGAGGUCGCUGCCGAGCGGAAAGGUGAACGAUGGGAGCAGGAGUACGAGAUUUUGAAGUCCGCCUACGACAAAUUCAUGGCCAAGCACCGAAGAUUCAGCUCUCCGCGAAUUACUAGAGAUGUGGACAAGGGAAAACUUCGUGUCAGUCGCCGUUCUCAAUCUCCGGCCUCCAACAAAUUGCAAAUUUCUUCGAAUCCGAUCUUGACGCAGAAACAGUUAGGAGGCAAGUCACCAUAUUUGACAGAGAAAGAAAAGAAUCGCGACCUUGGUUCUGUGGAUGGGCAAGACAGGCACAAACACCAUGUUUCCAGACGAGAUGUCGCAGGUUCACCUGUCGCAGUCUCUUCUGAUCAGGAUUCGACCACAAUCGUUGGUCGCAAGGGUCACAUCAAACGACGGAGUCAGAGCGACCUGCCACCACCACCCAAUCUGGACUCUGAGGUCACGCAUCGAAGAAGACGUCUCGUUACCGGCAAAGAGCAUCGCAGCCGCAAGAGCAAUUUAGAUCUGUCAUCAGAUGAAGAGAUGACAGUGGCGGUGAAGACGGAGAGCAGACCGAGUACGGUGCUCAAACGAACUCGAGAAAACGUUUCGCCAGGGCCAGCAGUGACACAGGAGGGUGACAAUGGUCGCGGCACAGCUAAGAAGCGGAGGACCGUCAUCGAAAGCAGUCCGGAAGAAACCCGCCCUGGCCCAAAGAACCAAUACCGUGACUCGUUAUCUCCAACGCUUAACCGCAAAUUGGAAGAAGAAGCUGGUUCGGGGCGUGAGAAAUUGAAACCUCAGCCGGCUGUACAGGAAGGAUCGAAGGGAUUCAUGGAUAUUGACGAGUUCGGACUAGAUGAAAUGGGCGACACUAUUGAAGUUGAAAGUGGGCCAAGCGUCUACGCUGAUGCAUGGCUUCGAGGCACGGUGACAGCCGAAUCCAUCAAACGCGAGCCGGUCGAAAGGGGUCUUUCCGAGACCGAUCUUCAGCUUCAAAGAGAAGAAAAUGCUCGUCAAGCCGAGGAAGCCAAGCGACUUGAGGAGAGUAAACAACUUGAAGAAUCCAGGCGACUCGAGGAGGCCAAACGACUUGAAGAGACCCGACGUAUUGAAGAGGCUAAACGUCUUGAAGAAACCCUACGGCUUGAAGAGGCAAGGCGACAGGAAGAAAUGAGACGGUUGGAAGAGGCAAGACGAGCUGAGGAAUCCCGACGACUUGAAGAGGCCAGACGACGUGAGGAGCUCCGACGACUCGAAGAGUACCGACGACUUGAAGAGGAACGACGACUGGAAGAGGAACGAAAACUCGAAGAAGCAAGACGACUCGAAGAGGCUAGGCGGAUCGAGCAAGAAAGAAUUGCAGCUGAGAAGGCAGCGGAAGAGCGAAGACUUGCGGAAGAGGCCGAACAACGUAGAAAGGCAGAAGAGGAAGCUGCUCUUAGGCGGAAGGAAGAGGAGGAGCGGAGAGAGCGCAUUAGGCGUGAGCUCGAAGAAAGACAACGCAGACAGGAAGAGCAGCUCAGAGAGCAGCAACGUCGAGAACGACUCGAGGCCGAGCAGCGCCGCCGGGAGGCGUUGCCGGCAUUACUCAAGCACUGCGCCCUGCUCAUCGACAAUGGCGAUCCUAAGGCCAGAAGCGAACCCUGGUUGAAGCUUUUCUUGCCAUUGUACGCCGUCAAAUCCGCCCAGCUCGACCCCAAUACUCCGGAUGCAAAUCAAAACGACCUCUGGGUUCCGAACUUUCAAGUUGCUGGACUUCUUGCGACCAAGGAUUUGAACCUACGCAGUUAUACUUCGUUGGAGAGACGUCCUGUCACACCACACGAACGACAACGUCUUUGGCAAGUAUCGAGGAAUAACCUGUCGUACGAGUUCCAAACCAAUCAGUACAAUACGACGAUCAAGAUGGCGAUACAGCGCGAGCGAGAGGAGCGACCAAAGUUCUUUGCAAUGGAAGAACUUUUCUGGGUCAAGCUCUCUGGCUUUGAAGAUCAGAUCUUCCGACAUCCGCACCUGGCGAACCUGAAGAUCAGCAAACAACCCAUCUCACUUAGGGUCCUUUCCUUGCAGCAGUAUAACGCAGAUGAUUCGUCACCGCAAAGCCCUGCUGCGCUCCCCGACUUUGGUAGUAAUAUGAAAUCAAGCCAACUGACGAACGGCACAGCUUCCCAUGCGUCGCCAAUUGUCAAUGGCAACGGAACCGGGCACACUCGUUGAGAGGGUUUAAUGACUGAUGACCGUGAGAACAACGACCUUGCUUGGCCACUUGCAGAUUUGUUUCAAGGACCGGACUCUGAUGUUCAUGGUCUCGAUCGGCUUUUGGGUGCAGAUUGAGCCAUCCAUUCGUUGACAGGAAGAACGAUAUGAAGGCAUGAUGAAUCUACCGUGUAUGGGGUCUGUACUGUAGAUAGCAAUCAUUGAACUGUGUCCAGGAACACAAUACAAUGUGCAUGACGGGAGAGUUUGUCCUCCAAAUGAAUGCCGCACAUCAUACCCAUGGACCCCCA